AUGACAGACUCUGCAGCAGCUGCAGCAGGAGUUCCUCUGGCUGUGGACUUCAGCAGCCCUGAGCACUACCUCAUCUUCAUCUUUCAGAUCUUAUUUGCCACUACAACAGUCCUGGUAGCAGGGACGGUGGUGAUCGGGAUCUCAGCAACCAGAGCGCUCCGCCUUCAGAAUCGCUUCAUUUUCAUGCUAAACACCAGCAUCUGUGACACUUUGGUGGGCUUCUCUGUGUAUUAUCUGGGCCUGUUUGAUGUUCAGGAGGGCUAUCCAUCCAGAAACUGGACAUAUAACGCGUUACCAUCACUGUUAGGGAUCAACAUACUGACUUUUCUGUUUGCUCAGUUUGACAGGUAUUUUGCUGUGUGUUAUCCAUUUGUCUACAGUCGUUUUAUAACAAGGCAGGUUGUAAUAGGACUGAAUAUUUACUGCUGGGUGUACAAUGCCGCCCACCUGCUGGCGAGGAACAUGCUGCCAGUCUCCAAAGCAAUGCAGCUUUAUGUUUUCAGCAUUGUCUUCUUACAGCUUAUAGUGGUCACCAAAGUGGUCAUGACCAUCAAACUUUAUGUCAUAGCUAAGUAUCAGCUGGAGAGGGACCCCCCAGGUCCUGACAGAGAGAGCAAGAAGGAGUCACUGAAGAUCAUUAUUUUCGUUGUGAUAAGCUUCUUGGCGCUGUGGUGCCCCUCUUUUGUGAAUAUUACCAUCAAAUUUUUCACAGGAGGGGGGCUGGUAUUCAGAAACGAGGCCACAAACCUUUUCGCUAUCUUGGCCCGUUUGAACGCCGUGUGCACUCCCUCUGUUUACAUCUGGGGGAGCCCAGCUCUGCGGAAGGCCUCGGUGAGGACAGUGUGGGGGCGGGUGUGCCCUCGAUGCCAGAGGAAAGUGGGUCAUGAAAAAUAAAUGGAUCUUUAUUUGAUUUAAUUUCAUGUCAUCAUUUUUUAGGACAGGUCUUUGCAAUAGGAAGCAAUUAAUAAGCAUUGUUGAUAAAAAAUUAAUUUGAUUAAAAAUGAUGACAGGUUUUUCUCAUUAAAGCUCUGAUUCAUUUGUCCAAACGCGGCUCUGACUGAAAGCAAAUCCUAAGGUUAACAGAGACUUUGGUAGGCUUAAAAGUAUAAAACCAGUUUAAUUUUUCUUUAAUUUAAGUUUGAAUCUUUGUCUAUUCAGUGCAAUGAUGGGCCCACAUAUCAAAAGACAUAAGCACGCUCAGAAAAAGUAUUGUUUUACCUAAUGCUUACUCAUUUUUCUAACUGAGUUGGACAAAAUGCAUAAUUUCAAUAACUGAGAGAACAUUUUAAAAAGGCUGAGGAUGGAAUAACCUAUGGUUAACUUGAUUUCAAUUGUGCUUGAAUUAAUGACAAAAAUGUCUAUAGGUCUAUUUUUAAAAUGAGCUCGCAUUUUACAAAAAGUUAUUAUAAGUGUUCAAAAGUCCACACAUUCCUUCUUCAUUAUUAUUUUAUUUUAACUUUGCAUUGUUUUAAUGACCUCUUCUAAUAAUGAAGUUUCCAUCUUUUUAUAUGACAACCAAAUGUCAGAGCUUUUUAAAAAGUUGUGCCUGAUUAAAAUCCCUCCAGCUUGAUUAUAUAAAAGUAACCCUGUUAAGCUUUCAUUGCAGUCGCAUUUGUCUGCUAAUAUAAAGCAUCUCUGGCUGGUUAUCUCUCUCAUGUAGAGAGAAAAUGUAAAAGAAAAAGAUGAUUAAAACAAUAUAAGGAAUCAAAUUUUUCAUUGCAAAAACACUUAACAGAAGAUGCAAUAAAGUAAAAAUAUUUGUAAACGGUGUAUAAUAUAUGCUGGUGAAGAUUCUCAGUCAUCCAGGUCAUAGUCAUUCCAAAAAAGUAACAAAACAAUCCACCGGACUCUGUUCUAAGUUUUAAGAUGUUUUAUUUUCCAUCCAGAAAGCUUUUUCAAUUCAGAAUGUGUAUAAUAUAACAGAAUGAAGACGUUAUAGUAAAUAAAACAAAACUUUAAAUGUUUAGCCAGUCAUUAAGUAAAAAACAUUUAAACUGGUUUCAUCCCUAAUAAAAGAAGCACAAUGACACUCGUGUUAGU